AUGUCGCCGAACAGAAAUAUGAGGGCCCACGACGUAGAAUCCGAGCAGAAGGCUAAGGGUCCUAAUAUCGACUAUGGCUUCGGCUACGUUAGCGACGGCAAUGCCGUCCACGGCCAGGAGCUCACGGCGGGCCAGUCCGUGUAUGCUAAGCUCCAGCGCUUCGCGGGCAAAUUCGGCGUCGAGCAGAGAGGCAUUGAGCGUGUUCCUAGUGAUGAGAGGACGGACUCGAGUAUGAGCCAGAUCGGCACGCUGUGGUUCUCGGCUAACAUGGUCGUCUCAUCGUUUGCGAUUGGCGCUCUUGCGCUUCCCGUGUUUAACCUGGGGUUCGUGGACAGCGCCUUGACGAUCAUAUUCUUCAACCUCUUGGGUAUCAUGCCGGUCUGCUUCUUCUCGACCUUUGGGCCCCGAUUCGGUUUGCGACAGAUGGUGCUGUCUCGGUUCUACUUUGGUUUCUACGGGGUCAAGUUAAUUGCCAUAUUUAAUAUCCUGGCUUGUAUCGGUUGGUCUGCAGUCAAUGUCAUAGUCGGCGCACAGUUCUUCCAUGCGGUCAACGGAAAUGUGCCUGGCUGGGCUGGCAUCCUGGUCAUCUCCUUUGCAACACUAGCCAUAUGCACAUUCGGCUACAAAGUCGUCCACGUCUACGAGAAGUGGUCCUGGAUCCCGGUAUUAGUCGUGUUCAUGAUCGUAUUAGGCACCUUUGCCCACUCCGGCGAAUUCAACAGCCUACUUCCGCUCGAGACUGGACCCAGCGAAGCAGGUAGCGUACUAUCUUUUGCGGCGUCGGUAUAUGGUUUUGCUACGGGAUGGACAUCCUACGCUGCUGAUUACACAGUAUACCAGCCAGUGAAAAGUUCCCGGAGAUCUAUUUUUCUAUGGACUUUUGCCGGCUUGUUCGUCGCUCUGUGUUUCACCGAGCUUCUCGGUGCUGCUGUAGCUACGGCUAUGGCUACGAACGAAACCUAUGCAGAAGCCUAUGAGGACGCACAAAUCGGCGGCCUACUAGCUCAGGUCCUCGUACCGCGUCUCGGCCGCUUUGGCGAGUUCUGCGUCGUGAUGCUGGGCCUCUCCAUCAUUGGGAAUAACUGCCCGAACGCAUACUCGGUCUCGUUGUCGCUACAAGUAUUGUCGGAGAAGACACAGCGUGUACCGCGCUUCAUCUGGACCUUGCUUAGCACGGCCGUAUACAUCGCAAUUGCAAUCCCGGGGUAUGAUCACUUCGAGAAUACGCUCGAAAGUUUCAUGCUUAUGAUUGGUUACUGGCUAGCCAUCUACGAGGGUGUUUCCCUGACGGAGCACUUCGUUUUCCGGCGCGGCUCCUUCACCCGGUAUAACCCCGAGGACUACGUUAACCCUUCACGUCUGCCUCCCGGGUUUGCCGCCGUCACGGCAUUUUGUGUAGGUGUUGGUGGCGCCGUGCUAGGGAUGGCGCAGCAGUGGUUUACGGGUCCCAUAGGCAAGCUCUGUGGUGCUGCACCGUUCGGAGGCGACGCAGGCUUCGAGCUAGCAUUUGGGUUUGCGGCAGUAAGCUAUCUUGGCCUUAGGGCGAUCGAGAAGGCGUACUUUGGCAGGUAGAGGGGAACAUGCAUAUUAGAUAGGUAGACAUUGGUACAUCAGACUUUAGGGUUACGGCUUGAGUAGUUAUUUACCAAUGGUGUUUUGUGUGUGCUAUUUUGCCACACAUACCUAUCUAGAUGGAGAGGUGUAAAGAGUGUAUAGUACGAUGUAAGAUGGUGGUGGGUGUAACGAGAUGAGAUCAGUUGGGAUGCCGUUAGCAUAGAUUUGUUCGAUACUACGUUGGAAUGAUGAGAAGUGAUGAAGACUUUGUAGACUUUCUGGCGUGUUCUUGUUGAUGUGCUUGAUCGUCUUGUUUUCUGUAUAAGGGACUAUUGGGAUAUAUCGGAUAAGCUGUUGAAGUCUCGUGUUAGUACAUGGUUACCUACCUAACUAAUAUAUCUAAUUGCUAAAGAUAAAAUCCAGCAAAUAGAAAUCUGGGGUUUCUAACCUGUUUGUAG